CUCCGAUGCCCCAUCGGACCAAGCCAGUAGGGACUACGGGAAUGAUCAUUGAUAUCCCAGUUUUCCUAUUAGACACAAUAAAUACUAUUGCCAUUGGCACAUAGGAUGAACGAACAACAACGCGCGAAAGCACCCAAGACACCCUUGAAGCGUGUUUCGAGGAACUCACUCCGAACGCACACCCUCUCUGGCUCGUAUCCGCCCUCCUCGGAGCCUCGUCAGUCUGCUCAACCGUCGAGCCAGCAAGAGAACACUCCAGCCGCCGAUCCGGGGGCCCAUCUCGAACAUCUCGCCCCACUCUUCGUCGACCUCUCAGAUGCCAUCACCGACUUGCACAUCAACCUCUCCAACCUCGAUCUUGUCUGUCAAGACCUCGACGGCUUCAACGAGGCCUUCUCAGCAUUCAUCUACGGAUUGCGCGUGAACUCUUACGUGACCGAUUUCGAUGAAGCACCUAAGCUCAAAUCCUUCCUGGAUGCACAGGCUCGUAAAGAGGCCGAACGAGAGGAACGCUUACGGGAACAGGCGGAGAAGGAAGCCAGAAGACAGCUAGAGGAGAGUAAAUCGCAACGCAAUGAGCAAGAAGAAUCCUUCAUGACCAACGAGCACUCGAUGACCACAAGAUCGGCCAACCAAGCCUCGACCAGUAGCAACCCAAACCAGAGCCGAUCGGCCAACCAAAGAGGGAACAAUAACGGAUCAUCAACCUCAUCAUCCAGCAAGAUUGCUGGUCCUAAACCCAAGAAUUUCACUCAAGCCUCCAAGACACAACAGAAGCAACUCUUGAAAUUCACGGAGAAGAUCAUGGUCACCUUGCCGCUCAAGUUCAGGGAACAGCAGCCUCAUCGACAGGAGAUGGAACUAGUGAUCUCUAUCUUGAAACUCAAUCCAAACGGCCUUCUGAUCAAAGAUAUCGUCAAAUUAGAGCCCACACUCGCAAUGCAUAGGGCUAGAGAGUGUGCAACCGCUCUCGUUGCUGCUAAAAAAGCCGUCAAACUCAAUAAAGAUGGUCUACUAUACAAACUUCUCCCAGAUUAAAUAGCUCAGGUCAAAAUGUAUCCAUGUAUCAUCAUUUCCAAGAGUACUUCUAGAAUAUCAACUGGGUCUUUCUCGAAAUCA